CAUCGAUGUUCGCCGAUGGAGGCAGCCAUCACCUGCUGUUUGGACUUGCCAUCGUCUUCUUUGUCUGGUUCGUAGCCCCUUUUCCUUGUCACACUCUCACAAGAUGCGACGACAAACCCCCUGCCCUUCUGCAUCGCGCGUGGCUGCGUCCUUCUUGCUGUCGUUCGUGGCCGCGAGCGUUGCGGGCGCGGCUGACAUGCCCGUCUUGCCGCCGCCGCCUCUUCCACAUAGUGCUCACAACGCCGACAAGGACUUUACCCUGCGACACAUCUUCCACCACGGCACCUACAGGUAUCCCGAGCUUCACCGUCGCAUCGACGUCCCAGAACAUGCCGCAGUAUGGACGGCCGGAGACGAAGACGCGGCCAGGCGCGAGCCUGUGCCGCGGUUGCGCGUCAAAUCCGAGACCAUGAGCAUACAGAGACUGGCAGAUAGGAGCAAGGAAACCAUCACUGGCAUACUCGAGUGGGGGAGAAGGACCGGGAGAGGCGUGCAGUUGCCCGAAGAGGACUGGACAAUCGACGACAUAGCAGGCCCCAACGUCACCGACCGAGAGACAGUCCUAAGCUUCGCACGCAUGGCCUCGGACGCCUACAUACUAGAGCCCGGUACGGGGGAGUGGGAGGACGUCGGUGGCGGCUUCAACUACACUGAAGACUUCGGCUGGGAAUCAGACGGUCUGCGAGGCCACAUCUUCGCCGACACCGAGAACUCGACCGUCGUCAUAGGCUUGAAGGGCACGUCGCCCGCCAUGUUCGACGGCUCCGAGACGACUACAAACGACAAGAUCAAUGACAACUUGUUUUUCAGCUGCUGCUGCGGUCAAGGCGGCCAGUACUUGUGGCGACAAGUCUGCGACUGUCAAACCUCGGCCUUCACCUGCAACUCUACCUGUCUCGUCACUGCCCUUCGCGAGAAGAACCGCUACUACUACGCUGCACAGGAUUUGUACCACAAUGUCACAGCAUUAUAUCCCGAUGCCGAGAUCUGGAUGGCCGGCCACUCUCUCGGCGGUGCCGUGUCGUCUUUCCUCUCCCUCACCUUUGGACACCCUGCAGUCACUUUUGAAGCCGUCCCAGAAGCUAUGCCGGCGUCGCGGCUGGGUCUUCCGGUACCACCAGGCCACCAGAUUGGCUCGCUGCAGCAGCGCAAGCUCACCGGUGGCUUCCACUUUGGACACACCGCUGAUCCCAUAUACAUGGGCGCAUGCAACCAAGCUACCAGUGCUUGCACAAUUGGCGGGUACGCUUUGCAGAGUGUCUGCCAUACUGGGCACAAGUGUGUAUAUGAUACAGUCAAAGACUUUGGCUGGCGUAUGGGUAUUGGCACCCACAAGAUUGUGGAAGUCAUUCGAGACGUUAUACUCAAGUAUGAUGCACCGCCCAAGUGCGAAGCCUACGUCGACUGUACUGAUUGCUACACCUGGGAGUAUUUUGAGAGCAACGGCACCGAGACGACUACCAGCAAGAGCUCAAAGCCAACAGCCACAUCGACGUCAACCAGGUCUAGUCGCACGCGAACUGAAACAUGCAAAACGCCAGGAUGGUGGGGAUGUCUCGACGAAUCUACAACCAAAGCACACAGCAAGACCACGAUUACGACGACAUCAUCGACCUCGAUAUGUAAGACGCCCGGUUGGUUCGGCUGCAAAGACGAGACGACUUCUACUACGACCAUGACAAUCACUACCACGCCCGCCCCAGCACCUACUGUGACAACCACGUCGUCGACACCCACAUCUACUUCAUCGUGCAAGUAUCCAGGCUGGUUUGGUGGAUGCCUUGACGGUGAUGAUCCACCUGCGAAGACACAUCAUACACCCAAACCAACCCCGACAGCUACCUCCGCCAGCACGUCGUGCACUUCUGAAGGCUUCUUUGGUCUUAUAUGCUAUGACAAGUCAAAGAAGCACGGAAAGACGAGUUCCAACCCGCCAGUGACUGAACGGAUGGAGAUGUAGACAUGACUUCAGAGAAAACUAGGUAAUUCAGAGUGCUCUUUUUUGUUGAUUUUAGGCGCAAAGGCAGGUAUUAUAUCCAGGCGUACAUACGGCUUUUGGCAUGUGGCAUUUACACGCAUCGUGAUGUCUCUACAACAAUAUCACUAAGCAAACAAAUAAACACUACAUCAUACGUUGUCUAUUUUUGGUUGGCUUUGUAAUGGAGAUGCGGAGAUAGCGGGAAUGCAUGUUCGUUACCGUUCCCUUCGGAAUGACUGCGGACCGCCUAGUCUCGAAGUCUGUGUAGUCUGUGUGCACAAGCUUUUGUUUGACACGAUCGAGAAAUUCUUGUUGUGAGACA